AGAUUUUGAGGACUUGGUUCCAAACUGAGCUGAAGCUUCCCAAUGCAUUUUGUACAGUCUGGGAAAAGCUGUGCUGCAUUGGCCUGUUUUUGAAAGCCAUCAUGCCGUGUAAUAUAAGGAUAUCAUCUUAUUGCUGAUAUCUUUGAAGAGUCCCAAGCAGACACAGAAAAUGAAUGGAGGCAAGGAGUGUGACGGAGGGGACAAGGAUGGAGGUCUUCCAGCUAUACAAGCUCCUGUGGGUUGGCAGCGUUGAGUGGAUCAAAAUGGAGUGCUUUAUGUCAGUCCCAGUUGGUCUUUGUUAUCUUGCCUGGAGCAGGUUAGAACAUACCUGCUUACUGACGGAACAUGCAAGUGUGGCUUGGAAUGUCCUCUUAUCCUUCCCAGAGUUAAUUUUGAUCCUGGAGCUGCUGUGAAACAGAGAACUGCAGAAGAUGUUAAAGCAGAUGAAGAUGUCACAAAGCUAUGCAUACAUAAAAGAAAGAUCAUUGCAGUAGCCACACUUCAUAAAAGCAUGAAAGCCCCACAUCCUUCUCUGGUGCUCACCAGUUCUGGAGGAGGAACAAAUGCAACUCCAGUAGUACCUUCUCGGGCAGCAAGAUCAGUAAGAAAUAAGUCUCAUGAAGGAAUUACAAAUUCUGUGAUGCCGGAAUGUAAGCAUCCUUUCAAGUUAAUGAUUGGAUCAUCAAAUGCUAUGGGAAGGUUGUAUGUACAAGAACUGCCUGGGAGCCAGCAACAAGAACUCCACCCCAUCUACCCCUGGCAGAGAUUGGGCAGCAGUGAACAUGGACAGAAGUCUCCAUUCCAUGGCAGCCAUGCAGGCCUGCCCAGCCCAGCAUCAUUAGGAUCCCAGAUAUAUGGAGAUGGCUCAAUCUCUCCAAGGACUGACCCACUUGGAAGCCCUGAUGUUUUCACAAGAAGUAAUCCUGGUUUUCAUGGAGCUCCCAAUUCUAGUCCUAUUCACCUGAAUAGGACUCCACUUUCUCCACCUUCAGUAAUACUACACGGUUCUCCUGCACACUCAUCCUGUGCAAUGGCUGGAAGGACUAAUAUAGCUCUUUCCCCAACCUUGACUACAAAGAGUCCAGUAAUGAAAAAACCAAUGUGUAAUUUUUCAAGUAAUAUGGAAAUACCACGAGCAAUGUUCCACCAAACACCACCCCAAGACCCACCACCCCCUCCUCCACCUUCUUGUGCUCUUCAGAAAAAGCCAUUAACAUCUGAGAAAGAUCCACUUGGCAUUCUUGACCCUAUUCCUAGUAAACCGGUGAAUCAGAACCCUGUUAUCAUUAAUCCAACCAAUUUCCAUUCAAAUGUCCACUCUCAGGUAGCUGUGAUGAAUGUAAGCAUGCCUCCUGCUGUUGUUCCUUUGCCAAGUAAUCUCCCUUUGCCAACUGUAAAACCUGGGCACAUGAAUCAUGGGAGUCAUGUACAAAGAGUUCAGCAUUCAGCUUCAACCUCCCUGUCUCCUUCUCCAGUGACAUCCCCAGUGCACAUGAUGGGGACUGGAAUUGGAAGGAUCGAGGCAUCCCCCCAAAGAUCACGUUCAUCUUCCACGUCAUCAGAUCAUGGAAAUUUCAUGAUGCCACCUGUAGGACCCCAGGCCACUUGUAGUGGUAUUAAGGUUCCACCCAGGUUACCAAGGUCGACAAUAGGGUCCCCAAGACCAUCAACGCCAUCAAGCCCUUCUAUCAAGUCCGAUGGAUAUCAUCAAUACAGUAUCCCUAAUUCAUUAAUUGCUGGAAUGAAUAAUGUACUAAAUCCCCCAAGCAGUGCAGCUUUCCCUACUGCAUCUGCUGGAAGUGGUUCUGUAAAGAGUCAGCCUGGUUUGCUGGGAAUGCCUUUAAAUCAGAUCUUGAACCAGCACAAUGCUGCCUCCUUUCCAGCAAGUAGUUUACUCUCAGCAGCAGCCAAAGCACAGCUAGCAAAUCAAAACAAACUUGCUGGUAACAACAGUAGCAGCAGUAGCAAUUCUGGAGCUGUUUCCAGCAGUGGCAACACUGAAGGACAUGGCACUUUACACACCAUGUUCCCUCCUACUGCCAACAUGCUUCUCCCAACAGGUGAAGGGCAAAGUGGUCGAGCAGCACUAAGAGAUAAGCUGAUGUCUCAGCAAAAAGACUCAAUGCGGAAAAGAAAACAGCCACCUACCACAGUGUUGAGCUUGCUCAGACAGUCUCAAGUGGAUAGUUCUACAGUUCCUAAACCUGGACCCGACUUGCUAAGGAAGCAGGGUCAGGGUUCAUUUCCCAUCAGUUCAGUGUCUCAGUCACUACAGUCUAUGAGUUGUCAAAGCUCUCACUUGAGUAGCAAUAGUACCCCGGUUUGUGGGGGCUCAAAUACUGCUUUGCCUUGCUCUGCUAACCAGCUGCAUUUUACAGAUCCCAAUAUGAACUCCAGUGUUCUUCAGAAUUCACUGACACAGAACAUACCUUUAAGAGGGGAAGCCGUGCACUGCCACAAUGCAAACACUAACUUUGUUCACAGUAAUAGUCCAGUCCCAAACCACCAUCUUGCAGGUUUAAUAAAUCAGAUUCAGGCUAGCGGGAACUGUGGGAUGCUCAGUCAGUCGGGCAUGGCUUUAGGAAAUUCAUUACAUCCCAAUCCACCUCAGUCAAGAAUUUCAACGUCCUCCACUCCAGUGAUACCAAACAGCAUUGUUAGCAGCUAUAAUCAAACAAGUUCUGAAGCAGGUAUGGUUUUAUUAGAAAAAAGUACCCAAAGGUACUAAACUUUUCUACGUUUUUUUAAAUUUGUACCAAAAUAUUUAUUAUGAUAAGAGAUGAUCCUUUCCCCAUUGUGAAAUUCUCAUCAUUUCUUUAGUAUUUAUAAUUUUAUUUACAGAAUGCUAGGUAUUUGUCUAUUAGGAAAAAUGACAGCCAAGGGUAUUCCAUUGUUUCCGUUAUUUGUUGUCAAUCUGUGUCAUUUUGAGCAUUGUUUGACUUUCAGUUGGUUAUAUAAUCAUUGGACUUUAAACUGCAAAAGAAGCCAUAGAAGGCAGGGUUUCCGAGUUCGUGAAACAUGUACUUGGUCUAUGCCAAUAUAAAAGCCGUUUUCUCUAGCUUUUGCUUGUAUUCAAGUAAAUGAAGCUCAUCUUGGAAAACCCAAAAAA